UAUAAAAGCUCGGAAAGAAGAAGAUUAGAAGGAGACACCGAGACGGCGAGACGGAGAGAUUUGACGGGAGAUUUCGGAGCCACCGGAGAAGGGAAGCUUCCAUCGCGAGAUCCCUUGCGCUCCCACUGUUCCAUUCAAACCGCGCCUUUGGAUCAACGGUUCGGUUUCUCCUACUCGGAGCGACCUAGCCGCGGCGCCCGGCCGACAUGCGGGCCCCGGCAGCCUCACCGGCGGGCAGGGCGCUUCCCUCGCUCCGGCCGGCGCCGGCGCCGCGGUUGUCGGCAGUGGUACGGGUCGUCAUCCCGCUGCCUGUCGCCACGAGGGAGCGGCGGCUCUGCGUCGCUGUGUCUCGCGCAUCGGAGAUGGCGGCCGCGGCUGAGGAAGGGGAGGAGGAGGAGAAGAGGUGGUGGAGGGGGCCGGUGGAGAUGGACGCGGCGGUGAGGCGGGACAUGGCGAUCCGGAGGCUGCAGGAGGAAGCGGAGGCGGCGGGGAUGGGGAGGAGCAGGAGGGAGUUCGCCGUGUUCGAGACGACGAGAGGAGACACCCUCUUCACCCAAUCGUGGACUCCGGCUGCCGCCGAUCCUAUCAGGGGCAUCGUUGUUCUGCUACAUGGUCUAAACGAGCAUAGUGGAAGAUACGACCAUUUUGCAAAGCUGUUGAAUGAUCAAGGGCUUAAAGUUUAUGCAAUGGACUGGAUCGGACAUGGUGGAAGUGAUGGGGUGCAUGGUUAUGUUUCAUCGCUUGAUCACGCUGUUGGUGACUUGAAAGAAUUCCUGGAGGAUGUUGUGUUGGAAGAAAACUAUGGUUUGCCAUGCUUCUUAUUUGGCCACUCCACAGGUGGAGCUAUUGUUUUGAAGGCAGCACUAGAUCCUUGUGUGAAAGUUCAUAUAGAAGGUUUGAUCUUGACCUCGCCAGCCAUUCAUGUUCAGCCGUCUCAUCCGAUUAUCAAAGUUGUUGCACCAAUCUUCUCUGUGUUAGCUCCGAAAUACCGAGUUAGUGCCCUGCAUAGGAGAGGACAUCCUGUUUCCCGUGAUCCUGAGGCUCUGAAGAUCAAAUAUGCAGAUCCUCUUGUGUAUACUGGACCAAUUAGAGUUAGAACAGGCAAUGAAAUUCUCCGGAUAUCAUCAUACUUGCAGAGAAACUUAAGCAGAGUUACCGUCCCUUUUCUAGUUCUUCAUGGGACAGCCGACACAAUAACUGACCCAAGAGCAUCCCAACGACUCUACCAAGCAUCAAUGUCGACAAACAAAUCUAUAAAACUGUAUGAUGGAUAUUUACAUGAUCUUCUCUUUGAGCCUGAAAGGGAUGAGAUAGCAAAUGACAUCAUCACCUGGUUGAGCUCAAGGCUUAAUGCUCUCCAGAGAUGGUAAGGUAGUGUUGAUCAGAGUCAUUUUGCACUUAAAUCAGUAUUAGUCUAUCAGAUAUGACACUGAGGUUUUGAGGUACUCCCUCUGUUCCACAACAGUAUAUAUUCUUUCCAUCGAAAUUUGAUUUCAUCCAUCCUUUGUUUGUGAACACAUGGCGCUGCACAGGUAUUUUGAAACAGGCAUGGUGUGUGUUGGAUACAGUUCAGCUCAUUUCCACUAAAUAAUAAUAUGGACAAGAUGAUGGUUUAAAUACUGCAACGGUAACUUGACAGAAAGAUAGAUAGAUUCAAUAUCCAACUUUUAAUUAUUUAUGCUACAGUUAGUAAGAAAGUUGUAUUGACUUGCAAAUAUAUUGGACUGCUCCUGGCCAAUUGGCCAUAUUGAUCGACACCCAUUAAUGUAUGUGAAGUGGAUAUUGAUCAUUGAAAUGCGCCCUUUUGGCUUCUGCAUUGCCACACAUGAAGAAAAUAUUGAGGGUUUAUAUCGAACAAAAUAAAGCAUCAUGCACUAAAGAAGCUAACCAAAUUUGGCAUAUGAUGAUAUUGGUCUGUUCCAGUAUCUCUCCAUGCUGAAGGUUUUGUGAUAUGGUUGAGUAACAAGUGCCAUGACGAGGUGCAUGCAGUCAUGCAGAUCAACAAUGCAGGAAAAGCUACUAUUAGUUAAGUCCUAUUUUGUAUCUAAAGGAGGAAGUCAUUCUUGUUUCUCACUCACCAGAGACCUUGAUGACUUAUUUUGCUUAUAUACGAAAAUGUAUUAUGAAAGGCAUUCUAGUGACAUAUUGGCAACCGUAUGUGAUGAAUCUGUCUGGAACAAGCAAAUCUGGUUUGCUGACCUUUGAUUUCUCAGUAUUACUAAAGUGGGUAUACCAUCUUCCUUAUCAUCGUCAUAAGAGGGAAACCACCAUGUAUCUAGCAAGGCUCAGACGUGCUCAUGAUUUAUCUGUUGAAUCAUAAGUAAUUAGGAUUAUGAUGAGAUGCCAUGGUCACAAUGAUAUGGAAACUAAGUGUUGUUGGAGUUAUGGAAAUCAAAAUAUCAAAUCAUGCAUGCAUGUUAGUCGAACUGUAGCUAACAUCCGAGUCGCGAUGCUCAUGGCCCUUCCAUCUUCAUAAUCAUGGUUUGUGGCAUAUGUACCAGAGGUUCCUCACCUUCAAGCGGACCAUGCAACUCAAGUGAGCUGCUACCACUCUGCCUUUGUCAAGACUUCAUCAAGGUCGCAGCUUGUGACAUUGACCAUUGUUUACUGUGAGUCUGUGACUAUUUAUCAAAACAUCUGUUACAUGUGAAUAUUGAUAUUUGACUAAAAUAAGUAGUUGAUUGGCAGAUCUUUAGUUUGUGUACGUUUAGUGUCCCCAAGUACAAAUUUUUGUUUAAUGCUUCAUGUGUUUCAAGCUAGAGCUACACCAGAUAUACUGUACACCUUCCUUGUUCGUCUGUGUCGAUGAAGUUUUAGUACCUGUCUAUCAGUAACAUACGGAAGAUUGUGACUUUCUUUU